UAUAUGUCAGGCCAAAGACUUUUUAGCCCAUGUAGUAUGUCGUGCCUUACUUACGUGUCUUAUCGCAUCAUUUUUCAAAGAUAUACAGAAGAAGAGAACUGUGUACAGAGCAAAGUUGCUCAGUUAAGAUUUGUUCCUGGAGUUCCUUUAUCCACUUGCAGAACACAGAGCAAAGAAAUUGAUGCAGGACCUGUCGAUAGAUCCAUAGACAUCUAUAUCCUCAGGAUGCUGUUGCCUUUCUCUUCACAGUUUGCUAACAAUUCUAUGCAAAAUCUGCUUUUGCAGAUGCCGAGGAGUUUUCGGGAAUUAUCUUCGCGGCAAAAAAAUCGACGUCUUGAAGCUUAUGAAAGAUACGAGCGUAAAACAACUGUAGAUAAAUCUACAGUCAAACAUGUAGAUAGAUCUACAGUUAAUAUAGAAGUCGCUAGCUUAGAAUCGCUAGCUAGUAUAAAUGUACCUAUAACACACUGUACUUUAUCUGAUGACUCUAAUUCAGGCAAUACUUUGAAUGUGUUUUCUGCCGAUGUUGCAAGACCUAAUAUUCAUGUUACUCUGGAAGAGGAAGAUAAAGAAAAUAUUGAAGAAAAUACCAAUAAAACUGCAAAACUUUCCAAUUGGUUACGUUCUUGGACACUAAAAUAUAACAUUAGUCACACUGCUUUGUCAGAAUUAUUAAGUAAAUUGCGUACAUAUGGUCAUACCGAUAUGCCAAAAAGUGCAAGAACGCUUUUAAAUACACCAAGAAAUAGUAUUAUAAAGGUAUCGGCAGAGAAGGGAAACUUUUUUCAUUACGGUUUGAAAGAGGCAAUAACUGAACAACUGAUACGCACCAAGUUCAUCGUGAUAAAUGAAGUUAUUAUGAUAGACUUAAAUAUUGAUGGAUUGCCAAUAUCCAAGAGCAGUAAAAGUCAAAUUUGGCCAAUAUUGGACAAAAUUCACGGUGACAAGAUAUUUAAACCAUUUGUAAUUAGUGCUUAUCAUGGGUACUCAAAACCACCUUCUGUAGAUGCUUUUUAACACCUUUUUG